AUGAACUGCCUCCUCUAUCGCACAACAUGCACCGAUUCUCCGCCAAUCGUCUCCCGGGCGCAGAGAGCGAAUCGGGGCCGACACCUUGCUUCCCUUACAGCUAGGAGUGAGACUAGACGAUCUGAAAGCCGAGGGGAAGAGACCCACGUCGAGAGAGGGGUGGAAUCGCCCCAGCUGUCGCGGCUAACACCUACGGUUGCAUCAGUUGAAGGUGACCGGCGGGUGCAAUCUGCCCCGCAUGAUCAUGACUUGGAAGCCACACCAGAUCUAUCCCUAGACGUCCAGGACCCACUAUCUGGGACCGGGGGGCUUCUAUCAUUAUCCGAUCCUUGGGAUUCCAACCUGUACAUGCCAAAUGUCUUCGACUUUGCGGGCUCGACCACCAUGCCCGACGUGACCGACUCGAUCGUGGCCGAGUUUCCGCAAUUCAACACCAUGUUCCCGGACUCCCAGGAGCGGCUGCCGGCUCAAGCUGCGUCGGAAGAAGCCAAGAGAGGACCUCGUCCCAUUUCCUUCACAGUGAGACCGCCGAAAGUGGCAGGGGUGCACUUCUUGAAGGAUGGCCUUCCUUCCAUAAGAUCCCCAUCCCUUCUCCCUGGACUAUUUCUGCGGAAGGAUCUCUGUGAGAGCAGGUAUCAAGGAUUGAAUUCUAUCGGCGGGACCUUGUCAUCAUGUCUGAUAUAUGCCAAGAAUCAGUCGCCGGAGCUUGGGGAGCAUAGCCUUCUCCGAUAUCUUAUACAAGGGAUUACCUACAUGGAUGAAGCCAACAUGUACCCCGCCCCACGAAUAGAGCCUCAAGACCUUCCAGACCGUGGUUUAGUGGAACAUGGAGUGGAGUCCUUUUUUACAGGUGUCUACUUGCGGUACCCUAUUGUCAGCCUGGAGCUACGGCACUCAUGGACCCAAUGGUAUGAAGACUGCCAUAGCCCGCCGGACCCGGUUCAGUUUUUGUGUAUCUGUAUUAUGGUCGCAAUUGGUGCAACAGCACAUCCCAACGCCCCCACAGAGGAGAUGCAGCAGAAAAUUUCGGCUUUACAUCAGCGAGCGUGGUCACGGAUGGACUAUAUCCUGGCCCAUCCAUAUACAGGUUCCGUGCAAGUCAUUCUUCUUCACACACUAUACUUCACCCAGCAAGGCAAGUUGGGCAUUGCAUGGUCAACCUGCGGCACGGCGCUACGGGUGGCAGAAUCAAUCGGCCUGCACCGGCACACACCCAGUGAUCUCCAGCUGAGUGAAGAUUUGGCCCGACUGCGGGCACGGUUAUGGUGGAUAGGCUUUAGCCUGGAUGCCUUUUUGUCAUUGAGCGAGGGUCGGCCGACAGCAACAUCAUCUGAUAAAACAGAUACCAGAUUAGAGCCUCUGACCAUUCAGGAGUGCCCACACAAUUGUGAACCGCUACCAAGCACCAUGAUCUAUACCUGGCAUGUUACCCUUGCUUGUCUGGUAAACCAGAUUGCGGACAUUAUUGGUCGCGAGAAAGCGGCAAAAGAGCGCCUCUCUUGCCUGGCAGACUUGGACAGCCAACUAAUUGCCUGGCGCGAUGCAAUCCCGCUCGAGUUCCGGCCAGAACAGGAGAAUAUCGCACCUGUUCUAUUGCGACAUCAUGUCACGUGGUUACAUGUACAAUUCUUUCAUGUAAUGCGAACAUUACACUGGACUUCUAUGCUUCUCUGCCACCAAGGAGAUGAAACGGUCCUCACUGACAAGUAUCGCCGUCUUCAACAUAGUGAGGCUAUCUGUGUUGCGUCUGCCCGAUCUCUGAUCAGGACAUCGAAUAAUCGGUCGGUCGUCUCGGAUACCCAGGAAAUCCGCAUGCUGGGUGCACCGUCGGCAUAUUUCCUCGCAGCAACCUCGACUAUCUUCAUGCAUAUUCUUAAAGAGCCCCAACGCCUUUCCGCUACGGCAGACGUCGAAUAUCUCCGAGCAGGCAUACACCAUCUAAAGUCUGAUUUUUUUGCAGCCCAAGUGGGACAGGGGGAGGGGAUACUCAUGCAAAUGUUGCAAGUUGCAGAAUCUGUCACAGAUCCUUUGAAGUCUGCAUCACAGCCCCGAUGA